GUCAUUAAGUUUGGUAUUUAAAGGCCACAAAAGUAAGGUGAGUGAUACUAUCUACAGCAAUGGCUUCUCCAAAAUUGCUUUUCAUCUCGUGUUCCAUUGUUAUAUACCUUUUUUCUCUCACCAUUGCCCAGAAUGAACUGCUGUCGAACGUCUGUUUAAAUGACAAGGGAAACUUCACCGCAAAUAGUAGUUACCAGGCAAACCUCAAUCGCCUCCUCUCCUCUCUCACUUCUAACAAUGAAAUCGACUAUGGCUUCUACAACGCCUCGUAUGGCCGAAAUACUGACAAAGUUAACGCAAUGGCACUUUUUAGAGGAGAUGUUAAGCCGGAUAUCUGCCAUAGUUGUAUCAAAAAUUCAUCUCUUCAGCUCACAAAAAGAUGUCCCAACCAGAAAGAAGCCGUUGUAUGGUACGACGAUUGUAUGUUAAGGUACUCAAAUCGUUCCUUGUUUGGUAAUAUGGAAUAUACGCCUUAUGCUUGGAUGUAUAAUGUGAAUAAUGUGUCGGAAGUGAGUCAAUUCCGUGAAGUCCUGGGAAAGUUGUUAAAUAACUUGACAAAAAAAGCAGCCUCUGGUGGUCCUCUUCGUAAGUUUGCAACAGGAAAUUCAACUACGCCAAGCUCUCAGUCCAUAUAUGCACUUAUGCAGUGUACUCCCGACUUGUCUGAGCAGGAAUGUGUUGACUGCCUAAAUAAUGCGACUUCAUUGAUUCCGCAAUGUUGUGAUGGAAGACAAGGAGGGAGAGUCAUUGCACCUAGUUGUAAUUUUAGGUACGAGAAAGGUAUUUUCUAUGACUCUACAGUUUAUGCGGCAACACCCUCACCCUCACCCUCAACAUCAUCAUCUUCACCAACACCAUCACCACAAUCACCAUCAUCGUCUUCACCAACACCAUCACCACAAUCACCAUCAUCGUCUUCACCGACACCAUCAUCAUCACCAGCAAGUCACCCGGCAGCAUCGGAAGAACCCACGCAAUCUCCACCUCCACCUCCGUCGCCAACUAAUUCUGCAACACAGAGAGUAUUCGCAGGAAGAGAGAGUAACCUGUCUCAAACUGUUGUCCACAUUGCAGUUCCAUUGUUGAUUUUGCAAUAUUUGUCUUCUACUUCGGCAUUUUUUUAGAGUAAACAAAGCUGUAUCAGUGUCAUUCACCAUUUAUGCAAAA